UUAUUACAAUGGCGGAUUCAACUUGAUGCUCAGUCUAUUCAUUGUUUGAUAUUAAAACGCUAGUGCUAUGGAUACUUAAAUUAUGAGUGCUUCUGAAUCAAACGGUGAAACGGGAACGGAUAAAGAUGUGGAAAAUUAUUACAGACCCGGAGGAAGAAGAAAUGAUGGGUUAAAAGCAGCAGACAUUGUUCCUGUGCUGCGGGAGAGGAUCGCUUACCUCUCGGGGGGACGUGAUAAAAAGGGUGGACCAAUUAUGACUUUUCCAAACCACACCCAUCCUGAACGUUUAAAGUAUGAAGAUUUGAGAAGAUUAAUGACGUAUUUAGCAAGUGUUCCAAGUGAUGAAGUACGUGACCGAGGUUUCACUAUAAUACUAGACAUGCGUGGAUCUACGUGGCAGAUUGUUAAACCUAUCUUAAAGGCAUUACAGGAAUGUUUCCCAGGAAAUAUAAACAUAGCUUAUAUAAUAAAACCAGAAAAAUUCUGGGAAAAACAGAGAACAAGUCUUGGGAGUGCCAAAUAUAAUUUUGAGACGAGUAUGAUAUCUGUAGAUAGUUUAAAUAAAGCUGUAGAUCCCGGACAUUUAACAAGGGAAUUUGAUGGAACUUUAGAUUAUGAUCACGAACAAUGGAUUCAACUUAGAUUGAUGUUAGAGGACUUCAUAUGGCAAGCAUUAGAUUUACUGGACAAACUGGAUGAAUUGGGAGAAAUUCUAACAAACCCUGAACUACCAGAUGACUUAAACGGUGCCCAGUUAGUUCUGGAAGAGCAUAAUCGACUUAAAAAACGUGUCACUUUGGCACCGGUUGAAAUACUAGGAAGCGAAGGUCAGAAUAUUUUAACCAGAAUUAACGGGGAGGAAGAUGGUCAAAGCGGACGAGUUUAUACUAUAUCCGGUAACACUGAUUUCCAAUCUGCUGUUCCCCAGAUCUCACAACUUCUUGAAAAUCUUCAUUCCACUAAACAACAUCUGAAUCAACUGUGGACGGUGAAGAAAAUGCGACUAGAACAAUGUCUACAGCUCAGGAUAUUUGAACAAGAUGUUGAAAAAAUGUUUGAAUGGAUCAUGCAUAAUCGUGAUCUGUUUUUAGUGAAUUAUACCGAGAUAGGUACAUCACAUCAGUUUGCUGUAGAAUUAGAUACCGAACAUAGUCAGUUUGCUACUAGUGCAGUGAAUGUAUAUGUCAAUAUAACCAGAAUUCUGGGUAUGGCUCAGAGAUUGUGUGAUUCAGGUCAUUAUGCAUCUAACACAAUCCGAAUGCAAGCGAGUAAAUUAGAAAGAGAAUGGAAGAGUCUAGCGGCAGCAUUAGAUGAUAGAAGUACAGUUCUUAAAAUGUCUGUCAUGUUUCACAAAAAAGCAGAACAGUAUUUAGCACAGUUUUUAAUGUGGCAGAAUAUGUGUGAAAGUUUAAAGAUACCUUCUGUUAUUGAUGAACUAGAAGAAGCUUUACAACAACAUCAAAAUCUGAUAGAAACAAUUAGUCAGGCUUAUGCUGAGGUUUGUAGUGAUGGUAAAGCAUUACUAGAUACGUUACAGACACCAGUUAGUUGUGGUAGUAGUAAUUCUCUAACAGCUAAAGCUGAUUAUUCGGAAGCCGCUGGACAUGUUUUAGAUGUUGUACAUGAGGUAUUGGCACAUCAAAGACAUCUAGAACAAGUAUGGCAUGCUAAAAAAGUCAAGUUACAUCAACGUCUAGGAUUACGAUUAUUUCAACAAGAUGUAAAACAGGUUAUAGACUGGUUAGAUAAUCAUGGUGAUGUGUUUUUGAGGAAGAAUACAUCAAUAGGAAAAACACUUCAACGUGCAAAAGCAUUACAGAAGAGUCAUGAACACUUUGAAUCUGUUGCUAGGAAUACAAUUACAAAUGCUGAGAAAUUAUUAGCUGCCGCAGACGAACUAGCACAAACAGGUGAAUGUGAUCCUAAAGAGAUUUAUGGAGAAGCUCACGAAUUAGAAGAAAGAAUGCAUAAUUUUUUAACCCAACUUGAACAUCGGAAGGCCAUAAUAGAUAUGACCGUAGCUUUUUAUACACAUGUACAUGAGUUGACAUCCUGGCUAGAAGAACUACAACAGGAAUUACAGAGUUCCGAGAUUGCAGAUAGUGUGGAAGGAGCAGAACAAUUACUGGCACAAUUUAAUCAACAAAGGGAGACAACUAUUGAAGCAGCCAUGCACACAGUUGGUGAAGGAGAAUCAUUACUUCAACAAUUGCAGACUGUGAAUGUCGACCAAGAGAAAUCCAAUACAAAUCAAGACUCGUCACAUAUAGAAGGAGUUUUAAACCAACUAAACGAAAGUAGAAAUCAGUUAGAAGAUUUAUGGGCAGCUAGAAAAAUGAAACUUGACUUAUGUCUUCAGCUUCGAGUUUUCGAGAGAGAUGCCUUAGAGGUAUCUUCACAGUUAGAGUUAUGGUCAGAAGAAUUACAACAUCAGGAAUUGGUUACUGAUGGUUCCAAGGCCGAACAGUUAUUACAGAUGCAUAAUGAAAGUGUUUUACACAUGCAGAAUUGUACUUAUGAAGUAAUACAACGGGGACAGGAACUAUGUCAGUUAUUUGAGAGUUCUGGUGUUCAGUUGAUGUCGGACUCCCAGUACGAUGCCAGUUCAAGAAUACAGAUUCUGCUGGAGUACCUCCAGGAACGGGAAGUGGACCUUGAAACUUUUUCGGAACAAAAGCGCAGACGGCUAGAACAGUGUGUGCAACUAAGAAAUUUUGAGAUCGAAGCAAGACAGGUGAUAUGUUGGGUUCGAAAUGGAGAAUCUAUGUUAACAGCUAGUUUUAUUUGCCCUAAUACAUUAGUAGAAGCUGAAACACUGAAGAAAGAACAUGAACAUUUUAUGAUAGCCAUAGAGAAAACCCAUAUCAGUGUUGUACAAGUAACACAGAAAGCUGAAGCUAUGAUACAAGGUCAACAUUAUAACUCCGAUUUAGUUCGUGCCAUAGCUGAAAAUGUUACGUUAGCAUGGCAACAGUUGAUGUAUCAUGCUGAAGAACGACAUAAAUUAGUAAUGGCUUCCAUGAAUUGGUAUAAAACAGCAGAACAGGUGUGGUCAGUAUUAGAAUCAUUGGAUAGAGAUUAUAAACGUGAUGAAGACUGGUGUAGCUCGGAUAAAUCUAAUACAUCGGAUAAAUCGUCUUUCUUAAUUCAACUUAUAAACAAGCAUAAUGAACAGAAAGAAGCUUUCUUAAAGGCCUGUACACUAGCCAGAAGAACAGCAGAAACAUUUUUAAAAUAUGUAAAUAGGAAUCUCCAUUUCUUAGGAAUGCAGAUGAAGUUCCGAAGCCCAGAAGGACAUGUUAAAGCCACUCUAGAUCAACUUUUACAUCAAGAAAAUAUAGUGAUAGAAUGCUGGACAAUGAAAAAACGAAAAUUAGACCAAUGUCAUCAAUUUUUAUUAUUUGAACAAAGUGCUAAACAGGCAUUGGAAUGGAUCCACGAUUAUGGUGAAGCUUAUCUUGCUACCCAUACAUCAGUUGGUACUAGUCAACAAGAAACAGAAGUGCUAUUAAAAGAACAUUAUGAUUUUAGAAAUCGUGCCAAGGAAACAAAAGAAAAUGUGAAGUUACUAUUACAACUUGCUGAUGGUUUUGUAGCUAAAGGCAACAUACAUGCUAAAAAUAUAAUGACUUGGUGUGCGGCAGUAGAUAAACGCCAUAAAGAUUUCCUGUCUCGCAUGGAAAAAUAUCGUAGUUUGUUGGAGACAAAACUUGGUGUACAAAAGAAGGAGCCGGAACCUGCAGAAGUUGAAGAACCCACACCACAUAGACGUUCAGAUUCGUCUAUAGAAGAAAAAUUACAUCAUAGACCUAAAGAACUUACUGAAGAAAAACGUAAAUCAGCACGCAGAAGAGAAUUUAUCAUGGCUGAAUUACUACAAACAGAGAGAACUUAUGUUAAAGAUGUUGAAAAUUGUAUAAAGUGCUUUAUGAAUGAGUGUUGUGAUAGUAGUAAUAAUGUACCACAUGGUAUCAAAGGAAAACAUAAAGUUAUAUUUGGAAAUAUUGAAGAAAUUUAUCAUUUUCAUAACAAAAUAUUUCUAAAGGAGUUAGAGAAGUAUGAAACUAUACCAGAAGAUGUUGGCCAUUGUUUUGUGACAUGGGCUGAGAAAUUCUCUAUUUAUGUAACUUAUUGUAAAAAUAAACCAGAAUCAAACUCGUUAUUAGUGGAAUCAGCUGGAUCAUUCUUUGAGGAAAUGCAGAAAAAACACAAGUUAAAUGAACCACUAGCAUCAUUUUUAAUCAAACCAGUUCAAAGAAUUACGAAGUAUCAGCUGUUAUUAAAAGAUCUAUUGACAUGCUGUGAAGAGCAUACUGGAGAAAUAAAGGAUGGUUUAGAAGUGAUGUUAAAUGUACCAAAGAAAGCCAACGAUGCCAUGCAUUUGAGUAUGCUGGUUGGUAUGGAAGAUAGUCUAGAAGCUCUUGGUGAAGUUAUUCUUCAAGAUAAUUUUACAGUUUGGGAUCCAAAACAAUUAAUCAAGAAAGGACGAGAUCGCCAUAUCUUUUUAUUUGACGUUUGUCUUGUAUUUGGAAAAGAAGUGAAGGAUAGCACUGGCAAAUCUAAAUAUGUAUUUAAGUUCAAAUUAAUGAUAUCUGAAAUAAAUGUAACAGAACACAUUGAAGGUGAUGAAACUAAAUUUGCAUUAUGGACUGGUCGGGCUCCUAUUUCUGAUUACAGAAUAAUCUUAAAGGCCUCAUCAUUAGAAACGAAACAACAAUGGGUGAAAAAGAUGAGAGAAUUAAUACAGGAACGUAUGAUGUACAUGCAUGAAGCUCUUAAAGACAAACAACCCACCAUGUUUAAACCACCACCUAAAAUGUUUAAUCCAAGCAGAAUCAGCAGGGACCUUGAGAGUGAUACUAAUUCAUUAGAAGAAUUGAGUUUAGAGAGACGAGGAUCUUUAACGUCUAUGACAUCCACAGCUACAACUGGCACCACAGAUAGUAGUAGUAGUGGUGGGGGACAGAAGGGAAACAAUGACGUGACAGUUGUGGUAGAUGACUUUUCUGCUUGUUCAAAUUCUGAACUGAGUGUUAGCCGAGGUCAACAAGUAGAAGUUAUAGAUGCCACUCCUGGUCAGUUAGAUUGGUGUUUGGUGCGAGUAACAGAUAAUGACGGCAGCGGAGAACCUGGCCAAGGACUCGUCCCGAUAGCCAUUUUAAAACCUAUACCAAUACUUAAAGGCACAGGAUGCAGAACCAGCAUGGACUUAGAUGAAUCAAUGGAAGGAAUGCCAGGAGCAUCUUCUCCAGUUACAAAAAGAAGAAGCAGUUUUAGAAAAUGGUUAACAAACCCUGUCCGAAAAUUGAGUCAUGGAAAAAUCGAAAAACAAGCGCCUCCAUAUCUAGAACCAGCACGACUGACUCGUGUCGAAAAGAAGGCCAUUAUAAAUCCUCUGUCCGCAGUAAAGGAUCAGUCUGAAGGAUCUCAAAAUGCCGAACAAAUGGUUGGUCAACCGGUGGUUUCUCCAAAAGGAACUCUUCAAGUUACCAAUGAAGAGCCAGAACCAGCUCAAGACAUUGAAAUGCCGCCACCUAUGGAAAUACAGGACCAUUCUUUUAAAGCCAACCAAGAUUCAUCACAAGAUGAGGCAACAUCAUUGAAAACUCAGAUUGAUAAUGCAACCAGUUCUUUAGACCUGGCCACAGAAAUAGAAAAAAUAGUUAAACAAAGAAUGGAUCCUCCAUCUGAAAGUGGUAGUAAAUUUGAUCCUAGUCUAGGAUUAGGAGCAUCACUAGCUGAUGAUAAAGAUGAAGAGGAUGAUAAAUCUGAUGGUAAAGAUUCAGAAGAUGAUAAAGCCAAAUACCUUAAAAAACGAGAGUUUGUGAUACAAGAAUUAAUAGAUACAGAAAGAGAUUAUGUUAAAGAUUUAGGUUUAGUUGUUGAGGGUUAUAUGGGGUACAUGAAGGAAAAUGGUAUGCCUGAUGACAUGGUAGGAAAAGAUAAAAUAGUUUUUGGAAAUACUCAUCAGAUAUAUGAUUGGCAUAAAGAAACAUUUAUGGCUGAAAUAGAAAAAUCUAGUGAGGAACCAGAAAGAAUAGGUUCUUUAUUUGUAAGAUAUGAAAGAAGGUUAUAUAUGUAUGUAAAAUAUUGUGAAAAUAAGCCAAAAUCUGAAUAUGUGGUAGCUGAAUAUAUAGAUACUUAUUUUGAGGAAAUCCGACAAAAAUUAGGUCAUCGUUUAACAUUAUCAGAUCUGCUGAUUAAACCUGUACAAAGAAUUAUGAAAUAUCAGUUAUUAUUAAAGGAUAUAUUAAAAUAUACAGAAAGAGCUGGUUUAGAUGUAACUGAUCUAAAGAAAGCUCAACGGGUUAUGCGUGUUGUGCCAAAAGCUGCUAAUGAUAUGAUGCAAGUAGGAAGGUUACAAGGUUUUGAUGGUAAAAUAACUGCUCAAGGGAAAUUACUACUUCAGGAUACGUUAUUAGUAGCCGAAGUUACACCUACUAGUCAACAAAAGUUUAAAGAAAGACGUGUUUUCUUGUUCGAACAAAUCAUCAUAUUUAGUGAAAUGACUGAAAAACGAAAAGGCGAUUUUUCUAAUGCAAAUUAUGUGUUCAAAAAUAGUGUUAAGGUUAAUAAAAUGUCAAUGACUAACUCUGUUGAUAAUGAUCCUCUGCGGUUUAUGCUGAUUGAUCGAACCCCAGGUUCCGAUUUAAAGUUUUUAAUACAAGCCAUUUCAGAAGAAAAUAAAGAAACAUGGGUCAAAGAAAUUCGAAGUAUACUAGAUAUGCAGGGUGAUUUUCUCAGAGCCCUGCAGUCACCCAUAGCUUAUCAAAAAGAAUUGACCAAAGAACUCUCUGCACCUGAGUUUGGCAGUUUGCCUAGAGACUCUCAAUUACGUAAAACACAGUCCCAUCCUCAAACUAAAGGAGGGGCACCAGGGCCAUCACCUCUUGCCGCCCAGGCAAAGUCCAAGCGUUCACAAGAUACAAAAAUUCAGGAACGGUGUAAAUCAGUUCCAAAUCCUCUUCCUGAAACUGUUGAUGAGCAAGCUGAAGAUCAAACAUCUUGUCCAAACUCACCAACAGAUACAUCGAAAGACCUCAACAAUGUCAAGCAGCUCAAAGCAGGAUGCCAAAAGGCCACGCCUCCAUCCUCCACCUCAUCUGAUGGACUAACUUCAUGCUCAGAUUCUCCAAAACCUAGAAAGACCAUUUUUGAAGGAUUCCGUAACACAUUAAGAAAAUCAAAAAAUGAUGUAACGGGCACAAAAUCUCCUGAAGUGGCUUAUGCAAAUACAAUGCCCGAUUUACUGCAAGGAAAUGACGUUGGAUUAAUAUCAGGUGCAACAUCUAUUAGCAGAUCUCAAACUUCAGAUGACUCCUCCCAACACGAUGUAGCUUCGGUACAACAUUUAGACGGAUGUAUAACUCAAGGUCGCAUCAUUUGCGAUUAUUUAGCAGUUAAAGAAGAUGAAAUAUCUGUGAAUCGGGGAGAAAUUGUUCAAAUCCUCGGAACCAACCAAUAUAACAUGUUUUUAGUUCAUCGACCAGCCAAUAAUCACUGUCCUGCAGCAGAAGGCUGGAUACCAGGCCAAGUGUUAGGACCAAAGGAGGGAGAUGGCAGUCUAAAAAAAUUAUCCUGGCAGAUGUUUAAAUUAAAGAAACCUAGUUUUAAAGGUGAAAAGGGUCAUGGUGAUGGUAUGAAUAGUUUAGAGAGACGGACCAAGUCACUUGGCAGAGAUGGAAAAUCAAAAGUCAAGAUGGUUGGUCCAGAUGUAUCAUAUGAAAUGCCACCCGUUAUUCAUCAUCCAUUAACCAGUGUUACAGUACAGAGUGGUGACACAGCCAUGUUAUCAUGUAAAAUAUGUGGUCGACCACGACCGAAUAUAGCGUGGAGAUUCCAAGAUGUUACACCUAUUGCCAUUGGUCCUCGAACUACUUUAAUGUAUAAUGAAGAUGGUGUUGCUACACUUCAGUUAUCUCAAGUAACGGUGGCUGAUAGUGGAGAAUAUUCAUGUUUUGCUAGUAGUGAAAUAGGUUCAGUUGUUACUAGAGCUACUCUUGUAGUCUUAGAUCGUCCUGGAGAGCCAGGUAAACCUGUGAUAAGAAACCAAGUUGGUACAGCAGUACAUCUAGAAUGGUGUCCACCCCUAGCAGCUCAAUGUGGUCAAAUACAAGGUUACACAGUUGAGUUCAGAGAAGUUGGGAAUCAUGCAUGGCAACUGGCUAUACCCUACGUCCCAAAUACCUCACAAGUUAUAGGUAACCUGGAACCUGGUGUUAUGUAUGAGUUCCGUGUCAGUGCCAAUAAUGCUGUUGGUAUUAGCGAACCAAGUCCUACCUCAGAUAGUGUAACCAUUCCCACAGAACAUGAAUUAUGUGAGAGAGAAGAAAGUACAGGAGCAAUAUGGAAAGCAACAUUUGAAAAUGAUUUUAUGGAUGUUGGUGAGAUAGGAAGGGGUAGAUUUUCUGUUGUAAGAAAAUGUAUACAGAAAUGUUCUGGGCAAGAAAUGGCUGCUAAAUGUAUCACACGGGAACUCAUGAGUAAACAAGCAACAGAGACAGAAUUUAAUACGUUACAAAGUUUACAGCAUCCAGCAUUAAUACAAGUCUUUGAUCUGUACGAAGCUAAACAUAAUCUCAUAAUUAUUAUGCAAAAUUUACCACAUGGGCGUUUAUUAGAAUAUAUAUGUUCUAAACCACAUUUUGAUGAGAUCCAAGCUGCUGAAUAUAUCAGACAAUUAUUAGAAGUAUUACAUUAUUUACAUAAUUGUCGGAUUGCCCAUCUAGAUGUUAAGCCAGAAAAUUUAUUAAUCGAAGUAGGUGCCAUGUCUACAUGUGUUAAAUUAAUAGAUUUUGGUGAUGCACGACAUAUCUAUAAUAGUUAUUAUAUACAUCCUAUGGUAGGAAACCCAGAAUUCAUGGCUCCAGAAAUAGUUAGUUCCACACCAGUUGGUUUACUAACUGAUAUCUGGAGUGCUGGUAUAAUACUGUAUGUUUUAUUAAGUGGUGUUUCACCUUUUCUUGAUGAAAGCCAGGAAGAAACCUGCUCAAAUAUUGUUCGUAAUGAUUACUGUUUUCCUGAUGAGUAUUUUGCUGGUAUAUCUUCCGAUGCCAAGGACCUCAUGCGUCUCAUUUUAGUGGAUGAGUUAAGUAAACGGCCCACAGCUCAGACAUGUUUAGAAAGUGCCUGGAUACGCAAAGCUCUUGUUCCUAGAAGUUCUCCAUUACGGCCUAAGCCAAUCCUUACAUCACGAUUAGUUGAUUUUAUGGAACGGCGAAAACAUCAGACAGAAUCUUUGAAGCAUUAGCAAGAAGAAUAUCAUCAGUUUCUUUUUUUAUUCUUUUCAUAUAAAAUAUGUGUAUAUUAAAUAGCGGAUAUCAAAAGAGGUUUUUUUUUUAGUGUAACACUGUAAAAAAAUAAAUUGUGUGGAAUUGUAAAAUUGUAACCACAUGUAUGUUUAAAGUGACUGUUAAUUUUGAAAUGUUGCGAAAUAGUACUGAAAAGGAAAGGGAAUUAAGUUUUGUCCCUUACCUUUUAAAAUGAUCUCCAUAGACAUUCUUUAUUAAUAUUGAAUAUUAAGAGGUUAGGUGUUUUUUUGUAAUUUAUUAGAUGUAAAGUUUGUAGACAGAUCUUUAAAAUUAUCAUAAAUUUACACAAAUCAGCAUUCAUAAAAAUCAAAUCAUUUACAUGAUUGUAAAUUUCAUUUAAUUUGUUAACAUUAUGUGUGUGUUUGUGUGUGUUAUUCAACUGCUCUGCAUAAAAUAAGCAAUCUGAGUUAUGUCCCUUGUUUGCUGCUGUUGGGUCGAUUUUGGAGGAUGGCCAGUAAUAAUUUCCACUGUUUGUAUGGAUAGGCAAAUGUAGUUUUAGUUUGUUUUAUAUAAAUCGUGUUUCCAUCUCAAUCUCCUACUAAUCAGUCAGUGAAUUGAGUGUACAGAAUGAAAAGUACCUAUAGCACCACACUCAUUAAAGGAGCUAUACCUCUAUUUUUUGGCACCUUAAAAUGGGUUAAAAAGCACAUAUCAAUGUAAUAUUAGUGUAUAUAAACUGAUAUGCAUUCAAUUAUUUAUUGUAAUUUCUAUUCAGUUAUGUUUGGCGAAAUACACAAACAGUCCAAAUUGAAAGGCAGUUGUUGGCAACUGGUUAGUCUAGUCUAGGUGUUUGUAGAUCAGCCAUUUUUAAUUGCUUCCACAUUGAUAUAUGGGACAUGUUUUGCUUUGUGAUUUGUUCAUCAAACCUUCUCAUUACAAAUGGUGCUGGAGAUCAUAGAGAAUCUUGAACCUGGCUUCGGGAACUGUUUUCAACAUGGUUUCUUUUUGGGGGGGGGGGGGGCAUUAAAUAUUAGAUAUCAGGAUACCAUAUUUUCAUGGUAACAGCAUCAAUAUUGAUUGAAAUGGACUGAUGUUAAAUUCUAAUUCAUAUUUUUAAUGUUGAAGAUUAUGAAUAUAUUGAGUUUAGAGGUUUAGCUCCCUUAAGUCCUGGAUUCACUGAUCUUAAGAAUAUUGUAGUACAUGUGUUUUAAUUUAAAAUAGCAUAAUUAGUAUAUUUUUUUCUGUGCUUGAAAGGUGACGAGGUUGUAGUGGGUGUGCAAGGAGCUUUGUGUCUAUGGCGAAGGACAAUCUGUAGAACAAUAUAAUAGGGUGGGUUCACAAUCUUUAUUACAUGAAGUGUUUGAAUUUUUAUAAAAUAAGUUGGAGCUGAAAUAUUAUAAACCCAUACUCAUCUGUGUUUUAAGUUUGUAAAAUGUGUGUGCUUCCAUCUUAUUAAUUUAAAUGACUUUUUUCUCACUUUUUAUGGGAACCAAUACUGUUAUCAAAUUUUAUAUAAAAAUGAAACCUAAAGGUCUUGUAGUUGUUUGUUAAUACAAAACAAGAGUUAUCUCCCAUGAACAGUUGACUACUAAAUAACGUGAAGUGCAAUAAAGACAUUUCCUUGCAGUUAUAUCCUUUCGUUUUUAUUUCAAUCUGUAUAAAAGUUUUACACAUCUACACUUGAUUAGUAUUAUAUUAGCUACAUCACAGUAAAUGUUAUAUACAGUUUAACUACAGCAUAUUAACAAUGGUGUAUGCAUAUAUCCCUGCCAGGCCUCUAAUUUUAGUCUUAUUUAGCCAAUCUUAACCGACAGCCAUUGAAAUUGACCGGCUAAAGAAUUUUAAUCAGUCAGUCAAUUUACAUACCUUAAACUUAUUUAUUAAUUGAAAAAUGGUAAAAAUUCUCAAAUUCUUUUCAAAAAGUAACUUAGUUAUCUGAUGAUAAUGAAAAUACCUGUGAUAUGGACUGGUUGGCUAACUUAGGAACUGGACAUUUUAUUAACCAAGGGUUUUUUGAUAAAAAUAAUCCCUUUCAGUCUUAAAUAUUACAUAAUAGUAAUUAUAUGUACUUAGAUCUAGUUUUAGAAUUCUAAUCUCCAUAAAGACUGAAAGAUUUAUCGCAAUUCUUUUAGAAAUUUAUAGAAUUAGUCAAUUAAUAAUUAUGCAAUUUGAUAUGACUGAAAGGAAAUAAAAUCUGAAAUAGAAAUUAAUUUAUUUAAUUAUUGAAUUUCAAACUCAAAACAACUUUUGAAUCUUGUUAAAUGAUCAAAAACAAAACAUAUUUCUAACAAUUUACGUUAGGCUAAAUAAAAGGGUCUAUAAAAUAAUUCGGACUGUUAUAAAUACCGACAUUUCAGUCUGCCAAAAAUCACGGCAGGACCGAGUUAUGGGACCUGGGAAAUGAGAAUAAAAAAAAGUGUUAAGUGUCGACGGUUUAGACUGAUUAUAAGCUUAUCUGAUGUUUAUCUGUUGGGGUUUUUUUGUGCAUUUUUUUUUAAAGUGAAUAAUACUCUCCGAUGUUCUUUAUUUGUAAUGAUCUAGUCUAAUUCUUGAAUUUAUUUCACACCAUGAAAAACAUGUUGGGCGACAUCUGAUUUUUUUCCCUUAAAUUUAAAAAUAUUAAUUAAUAACGAGUCUAGUUUCUUCCCUUCACUUUAAAAUUAUUAAUUAAUACUAAGCCUUGAUUCUUCCCCUAAUGUGUUCGGUUGUUACCGUAUUUAAAUAAAUAAACCCCAGCUAAUGCAUGAAAACUUAAGCUAAAAUAUUUUAAGAAUGCAAGCAUUUCAUUGGUUGAUAGUUUAAAAAUCCUAGUACAAAUAUCAGCUAGAGCCAAUGAAAGAGCAGAAUUCUCAACAUAUUCUCGUUUACGUUUUUGUGAAUAGGCCCCGAUAAUUAAUUUUAUAGCCUUUAGGAACAAGGCCAAGUACUGUACAUGUGUAGCCUAUAUUAUAUAUAUAAUAAGCUUAUCAAUGUAAUAUUUAUUAAUAAUGUUUAUAUAUAUAUGUAUUUAUGUACUCUCCGCAAGCCUUGAUGCUAUCCCUUUUUGUCUAGUAAGAAAAGGUUUAUAAUAGCCGAUACACUGUGUAAAAAUUUUCACUUAACGACAUGUUUUUAUUCAUGCAGCCAUGUGAUAAUUAAUAUCAAUAAAACUUAAACAAUG